AUGAAUGAAACACCAUCGAGGAAAGGCCAUUCCAAGUCCGCCGACCCGGUUUCGACCGUCGAGAGCCAGACCGUCCCCGAGCUGAUGAAGAUGGAACACGUUGCCUACGACGCCCAGGCGGCCACCGACGACCAGAAGAACGCGGGAGUCCGCCAGUCGCUCCGGGAGUAUCCCAAGGCCGUGGGCUUCUCCAUGGUGCUCUCGCUCUGCAUCGUGAUGGAGGCCUACGACACCUCCCUCAUCGGCAACUUCUAUGGUCUCCCGCAGUUCCGCAGGCGUUUCGGCGUGCGCCUGGCCAACGGGGACUACCAGCUCACGUCGACCUGGCAGUCCGGCCUGCAGAACGGGACCCAGGUCGGCCAGAUGAUCGGGCUCUUCUUCGGCGGCCUCCUCGCCGAGCGGUACGGCUACAGGAAGACCUUCCUCGGCGCCCUGCUGCUCAACAUCGCCUUCGUCUUCCUCUUCUUCUUCGCGCGCCACGUCGGCCACCUCCUCGCCGGCGGCAUCCUCUGCGGCCUGCCCUGGGGCGCCUUCCAGACGCUGACGACCACCUACGCCGCCGACGUGACGCCCCUCGCCCUCCGGCCCAUCAUGACGACGUACACCAACAUGUGCUGGGUCAUCGGCCAGUUCAUCAGCACGGGCGUGCUCCGCGCCCUGCUCUCCCGACCGGACGACUGGGCCUGGCGCAUCCCCUACGCCCUGCAGUGGGCGUUCCCCGUGCCCAUCCUCGUCGGCGUCGCCCUCGCCCCGGAGAGCCCGACCUGGCUCGUCCGGAAGGGCCGGCUGACGGAAGCCCGCAGGGCGCUGCGGCGCCUGGCGAGCACCGCCGUGUCCGACGCCCAGCUCGACGUCAACGUGGCCAUGAUCGCGCACACCAACGAGAUGGAGCGGCUGAACCAGGAGGGCACGUCGUACGCCGACUGCUUCCGGGGGACGAACCUUCGCCGCACGCUCAUCGCCUGCGGCACGUGGGCCGGCCAGGUGCUCUGUGGCAUCUGGUUCGGUGGCAACGUCAUAUACUUCCUGCAGCAGGCCGGCUUCGACCCGGACAACUCGUUCAACUUCGGCCUCGGCACCAGCGCCAUGGCCAUCGUCGGCACUCUGCUCUCUUGGUUCCUGCUGCCCCACGUCGGGCGCCGCACGCUGUACGUCGCCGGCCUCUCCGUCAUGUUCGUCAUCCUGUUGACGGUCGGCGGCAUGGGCGUCCCGGCGCCGCGGGCCGGCCUGGGCUGGGCCUCGGGCGCGCUGCUGAUGCUGUUCGUCGUGACGUACGACAUGACGGUCGGCCCAGUGUGCUACUGCCUCGUCGCCGAGAUCCCGUCCACCCGGCUGCGCAUCAAGACGGUCGCCGUCGCCCGCAACGCCUACCUCCUCGUCAGCAUCGGCGCCAACUUCCUCAACCCGCCCAUCCUGAACCCCGGCGCCUGGAACCUCCGGGGCAAGGGCGGCUUCAUCUGGGCCGGGCUCUGCUUCCUGGAGCUCGCGUGGGCUUACUUCUGUCUGCCCGAGCCCAAGGGCCGCUCGCCGGCCGAGUUGGAAAUGCUCUUCGAGCAAGGUGUUAGCGCGCGCAAGUUCUCCUCGACCACUGUGGAGGUCUUUUCUACGGGAACGGAGAAGAACGAGACGCCUACUGUGGAUAUGCUUGAGAACCGCUGA